UGCAUCUGCCGCACGUCAUUGGUCGAGUUUGAAAGGGAAGAACCCCUCGACAGCUCUACACCACAACACCCGACCACCCCACCUACACCAAACCCGCCGCCCCGCAAUCAUGGAUACCAACAUGGAAGACGUCAAGAUGCCCGAGCCCAUGCAGCUGUCGUCUGCCCCCACGUCUGAGCCGACCACAAUUCCCACCCUCGAUGGCUGGAUUGAGAGCCUUAUGAACUGCAAGCAGUUGGCAGAGAGCGACGUGCAGAGACUAUGCGACAAGGCCCGCGAAGUACUCCAGGAUGAGUCGAACGUGCAGCCAGUUAAAUGCCCCGUCACAGUAUGCGGUGACAUACAUGGUCAGUUCCAUGACCUGAUGGAACUUUUCAAGAUUGGUGGUCCCAACCCAGACACGAACUAUCUCUUCAUGGGCGACUACGUCGACCGUGGCUACUUUUCCGUCGAGACUGUGACUCUCUUGGUCGCACUCAAGAUUCGAUACCCCCAGCGUAUCACCAUCCUCCGUGGUAACCACGAAUCUCGUCAAAUUACCCAAGUAUACGGCUUCUACGACGAGUGCCUCCGCAAGUACGGCAAUGCCAAUGUUUGGAAAUACUUUACAGACUUGUUUGACUACCUGCCCCUCACCGCCUUGAUCGACAACCAGAUCUUCUGUCUCCAUGGCGGUCUCUCUCCCAGUAUCGACACGCUCGACAACAUCAGGGCGCUUGACCGUAUACAAGAGGUGCCUCACGAGGGCCCAAUGUGCGAUUUGCUUUGGUCCGACCCAGACGACAGGUGCGGUUGGGGAAUAUCACCUCGUGGUGCCGGAUACACUUUUGGACAGGACAUCUCGGAGGCAUUCAAUCACAACAACGGCCUGACGCUCGUGGCACGUGCUCAUCAGCUUGUCAUGGAAGGAUACAACUGGUCGCAAGAUAGGAACGUUGUGACUAUAUUCUCAGCACCAAACUACUGUUACAGAUGCGGUAACCAGGCCGCAAUCAUGGAGAUUGACGAGCACCUGAAAUACACCUUCUUGCAGUUCGAUCCUUGCCCACGAGCGGGCGAGCCUAUGGUAUCACGAAGGACUCCGGACUACUUCCUCUAAACGAACCCAUCUGUGGCUCUUGCUUGCAAAUCUAAAGACGGUCGCACUUGGACAUGAUCCCCAAAUACACUAUGUACGACUGCGUUUCUGUUGACAAAAGCUGUCCCUGGUUCCGAUGCAAGUGCAUGACAUCACCAUGUCCCAUCUGCGAUAGAACUAUGCGGUGUCUACAGGGAAGCUGAAGCAGCCACGCUCGAGUCGCCUGGAGUGCCCGCCAUACAAUACCUUUAGUUAUGCCCUUACCGGUGCAGAGCUAACCAAUAAUGAAACCUGAUUGCGCUUCUUA